AUGAAAACGGCAGCGGCGGUGGUAUUAAUGCAACAGUGGAGUGAGUUUGGCGGAUGGAAACGAAUAGGACUGAGGCACCUCACCGGAGAAAUGGGGAGCGGGCGUCAUGAUGGCGAAGCAGCGGCGCUAAUGGUGGCGAUCGAUCUCGACAAGGUGGUGAGGUGUCAACUGCCACCGGCGGUCAAAGGAACAGUGACACUCGUAGCCCACCUCUUCAUGAUGAUCUUGCUAUCCCGACGUGAACGGAGGUCGACGGCGGUUUCCCCUGGUGGCCUUAGCUGA